UGAAUAGUUGCAUGACAGAUCUCGUGAUCAGAAUGCCCUUAAAAUGUGAAGGAAUUGCAUUAUGUCUAUUGAGUAUUGUAAUAUGAUUCAAAUAGUAUUUGCCAUCAUUUGUUUGCUUCCUCUAAAUCAAGCUGCUCUUCCCUUGGUGAUCAACACUUGGCAUUUUGAGAAUGCAGCUGGCGCAGCCUGGAGCUCGCUUCAGAAGGGUGGCUCGGUUCUGGACGCGGUGGAGAGGGGUUGCGCGCAGUGUGAGCGCGAGCAGUGUGAUGGCAGCGUCGGGUUCGGCGGGAGCCCGGAUGAGCGGGGAGAGACCACCCUUGACGCGAUGAUCAUGAAUGGUGACACAAUGGAAGUGGGGGCAGUGGGAGACCUACGCAGGGUCAAAAAUGCUGUGGGUGUUGCCCGAGCCGUGAUGGAAUACACAGAGCACACCUUCAUAGUGGGCGAAUCAGCCACAAUCUUUGCACAAAACAUAGGCUUCAUGUCUGAGGACUUGUCAGCCAACCAAUCAAUAGCUAUUUUCUCCAAGUGGUUGCAGCUGAAUUGUCAACCCAACUAUAGAAAGAAUGUUUUUCCAGACCCUUCCAAAUCAUGUGGGCCGUACAAGCCCAACGCUAAGUCGUGGAGGCCAAAGCAUCCGAAGGGAAAUUUUGACCCCAGUUCUCAUGACACAAUUGGAAUGAUUGUGAUUGGUAAGAACGGACAGGUGGCUGCUGCAACGUCCACCAAUGGAGCAACACAUAAGAUACCAGGUCGUGUAGGUGAUUCACCAGUGGCUGGAGCCGGGGCUUAUGCCGACAGCACAGCGGGGGGAGCGGCUGCCACAGGGGAUGGAGACAUCAUGAUGCGUUUCCUUCCUAGUUUUCUAGCUGUUGAUUUAAUGAGAAAUGGAGCCCAACCCACUGCUGCCUGUAAAAUGGCCAUAUCCAGAAUCAAGAAGUACUACCCCGAUUUUUUUGGAGCACUUAUUUGUGCCAAUACUACUGGUGGAUAUGGUGCAGCUUGUAACAAGCGUCCUGGGUUCAGCCAGUUCCCCUUCAUGGUGGUUAACCCACAGACAAACCAACCUCAGUUGCAGAAGGUGGACUGCUUUUAAUUGCCAGCAUUUCGUUUUUAUGUUUACAUGCUUCUUAAAGUUUGUUCAUGAAUUUUUGAUUGGUAUAUGUCUUAUGAUCAUUGUUCACAUUGCACUACUUUAUAUAUAAAAAAUAAAAAAA